CCUCCCUCCUGCUCGUUGCUACUGUUGCCAUCGCCUCCCCCAGCGACCACCUGCAGGUUUCCGCCCGGCUGAAGGCCCGCACGAAAGCUCCAACCGCCGCGCCGCGCCGCGCCGCGCCCAGCCGCCUCCUGUAUCGCCGGGGCUGCUUUGUGGCGACUUUCCCCCGCCGGGCUGCUCGGCUGCGGGGCCCGCCCAGCGCGGAGGCUGCUCGUUGGGUCGGGGAGCGAGAAAAGCCAGACCGCGGCGAGGCGAGGGUGGCGCUGCGACGGCUGGGCGUGGAGUAAAGGGGCGAGGGGGCCGGGCCGGAGCGGCUGAAGGGAGGAGGUGUGUCCCAGGGGCUGGCAGCGGCGGCGCAGGCGGCGUCUUCGCUCCUCGGUUGCAGGUUUUGUCUGCAGCUUUCCAUCUCCGCAGUUUCUGGGAUUCGCCGGAGCAGUUGUCUCGGAAAGUCAUGUUUUGGCACAAAACAACUUACUGAGUGGAAGCCGUUCUAAAUAAGGCCUUAGCUAGAACUCCUUAUUGGAGGUUAUUGGAAAAGACUCUAGACGUGGGAAGAGAACCACCCCAACACUUGCCUCAACUCCCAAGCUCCUGAGCCUGUCAACAACAAGACUACAGAAAAGUGAGAUACCAACUGGCUGAAGAAUCCACCUAAGGCCAGCCCUGAGAGAGUUUUAGGCUGCGUGCAUCCUGGAAUCACUCCCGUUUCAGAUAACAACUUAUUGAAAGGGCUCUCCAGCUUUUUCUUUCUAACGUGACAUCCUCUUUGGGUUUGACUUGGUCACAGACAAACGGUAAGAAGAAAAAAUAUAAAGGACAAGAAGUAUGGCAGACGAUAGGAAAGAUGAAGCUAAGGCACCACACUGGACCUCAGGUCAGAUAGCAGAAGCUUCUUCACAUCCACAUUCCGCAGAGAUGAAGGAGCAAAGUGGCACAGGGGAAGGACUGGUCAGAAGUUCUAAUGGGUUUCCAUACAAAGAGGAUGAAGCUGGAGAAUAUGGUGCACAUGGACCACAGAGCUCAUAUUCCAGAACCAAAGAGAAUGGAAUCAACGGAGAACUAACUACAGGAGAGAAAGACACUGCAGAAGAGGUAUCUGCAAGAAUAGUCCAAGUAGUAACUGCUGAAGCUGUGGCAGUUCUGAAAAGUGAACAGGAAAAAGAAGCUCAGCUCAAAGAUCAGCCAGCACAAUUACCUCUAGCAGUUGAAGAGACAGCUAACCUGCCUCCUUCUCCACCCCCAUCACCUGCGUCAGAGCAGACUGGAACCCUAGAAGAAGAAGAAGAAGAAGAAGAGGAAGAAGAAGAAACAGUCAAAGGUCCCAUGGCUGAUGACCCCAAACCUGAGGCUCCCCUUGAUGAGAAGUAUGAGAAAAGAAGUGGGCCUGCUGAGCCUUUGGAACAAACAGAGGGUUUCUCUGAGGCCCAGCAGGAUUCCCUUCCUGAAGAUCAAGUGGAUCACAAUGAGGAAAAUAUAAUCCUCAUUGGAAAGGAAACCUCAAAAGCAAAACUGCCUUCCUCCGGUGAGGAAGCCUCGAAGAUGGAAAUCCAUGGACAGGAAGUUACGAGCCUUUUCACAGCUACACCUUUCAACACCAAGGAACAAGAGAAAGGAAAUAGACCCAGUGAGCACCCCGUCCAAGAUGCCUUAGUUCCACAGCCAGCAAAAACAGAGACUAUAGAAAUGAGAGAACCGCAGUGCACAGGAGAAGAGAUGACAUUCCCGUCUCAGUUGGGGAAAACUUUGGAUGCCACUCUGCCAAAGAAAGAAGAGGCUUCCACACCUCAAGAACAAAGAGAUUUGUCAACAGAGUUGCAUAAGAAAAGUACAUUAGAUGAAAAGGCCACAGAGACCCAGAAACCUACCACAGAAGCACCACCCUUGGAAUCUAAAGAUGAUCAGAUGACUAUUACAAAAAAUGACUUUACCUCUCCUGCAAGUAUUUGUUCUUUGCCCUCAGAAUCUAUAGUGGACACAACAGGCACAGUAAAAAGUGCCUUUUUUCCUGAAACCUUACCAGGUAUUCUACAUAUGUCUGAACCAGAAGAGAGUAGCAAAACAACACAAAAGUCUACUAUUACAGAAGACCUUUCAAAAGAUCAAACAAUGAACAAAGAGCACGUAAAAAUACAGGAAGAAGAAUUUGCAGUGGUGGCUACAAGUCCCUCACAAGCCAUUGUAGAACAAACUCCAAGCCAGGUUCCCCUUUGGGAAGAAGAAAAAGAUAUGACUGAGGAUGAAAGUGAUGAAGAGAGAUACUCCAUGUCCAGUAGACAGAGGAUCAGAGAACUGGGUGAUCAAUCUUUUGCUGCGUGUAACCAGAAACCAACUGUUCUGGGUAAAGAAGUUAUGGGAAAAGAUGUUGAUCCUAAAGAAGCAUAUGAUGCACACAAAGCAGAAGACUUGGAGAUAACUGGAGAAUCAACAACAUGGAAUAUUAAAAAAGAUGAGAAAACACAUGGUGCUGAGGUCAUGGCAGACCGAUUCAGUAAAGAUUUCCCCCCCGAAAAAGAUGAAGAAUGUUUGGAUACCACUGUAUUACAUGAAACAAUAGAGAAUGCUCCAUCUGAAACACAUAAAGAACCUCAGGAAGACAAAUGUACUGAAAAAGAAGAGAAAAGUAAAGUGUUUCCUGUUACAGAUUCAGAUCCCCACCAAAUGAGGAUAGAAGAAGAUAAAUCAGGUAUGUCUACAUAUUUUGAAACUUCCACUCUUAAAGAUGAAGUUAUCAAGCAUGAUAAGGUACAACAAGGCAACGAUUACUAUGAGCUGAGUGAUUCGAAAGAACAGAUUUACGAUGUUUACCAUAAAAAUUCCCUUGUCUCUAAAAAGGAGAUUGAUGACUAUCAGCCAGAAGCAUACCAGCAGCCCAGUCCACCUGCUCAUGAACUUGGAUACAGUACCCUUGCCCAGAGUUUCCCAGAAGAUGAUCUUAAGGAACCUAGCUCUCCUCCAGAAAGAAUGUAUACUAUUGACCCCAAUGUGUAUGGAGAUAAGAGAGAACUCCACAGUAAAAAUAAAGAUGACUUAACUCUCAGCAGGAGCUUAGGGCUUGGCGGAAGAUCUGCUAUAGAACAGAGGAGUAUGUCAAUUAAUCUCCCAAUGUCCUGCUUAGAUUCUAUAGCACUGGGAUUUAACUUUGGACGUGGUCAUGAUCUUUCACCUUUAGGUUCAGAUAUUUUAGAUACGGCUAGUGGAGAUGAAGGCGAUGAUUACUUGCCUGCCACCACCCCAGCAGUAGAAAAAGCUCCCCCCUUCCCAACAGAAAGUAGGGAAGAAGAUGAAGAACAAGAACAAGAAGAAAAGGAAGAAGAAGAAAAGAUAGAACAGUCCAAAUUUAAAGAAUCAGGAGAGAUUCAGGUGGAGCCUUUAUAUGAAUCCCCUUUCCUAGCUAAAGAUUAUUACAAAAAUGGGACUGUAAUGGCUCCUGACUUACCUGAAAUGUUAGAUUUAGCUGGCACAAGAUCAAGAGUAGCAUCUGUGAGUGCAGAUACAGAGGUAGCACAACAGAAAUCUGUUCCUUCAGAGGUGGUUAUUGAGGAGAGCUCUUCAGUCCAGCAACUUAUGACUGAUGAAAAUCACAUGACUCUAAAAGCUGACAGUCAAAUUGAAGAUUUAGGUUACUGUGUUUUCAACAAAUACACAGUACCAUUACCAUCUCCAGUUCAGGACAGUGAGAAUUUGGCAGGAGAAAGCUGUUCCUAUGAGGAGAAAAUGAGGAGAGGUGUAGUUACAGAUCUCUCAUUGAUAGAAGUGAAGUUGGCAGCAGCUGAGAGAUCCUAUGAAGAAAAAGAAGUCUCCGAGGACUCCCCAGUUUGGGGCCAGGACUUUGAGCAGGAGAGAAAAGCUAUUGAUAAAUUAGAUACUGUGUUAGAAAAAAGUGAGGAACAAGCUGAUGCUAAAGAAAUAUCUUUUCCUGAAGACAUUGUACAUGAAAUAAAGCUUGGUUCAGAGCUAGUAGAUGUUAAUGAUAAAACUCUAGUUGAACCAGAAAAGAAACCUUCAUUAAUUAAGAAAGAGGAAAAUGCUAUUGAUGUUGCUGCAAAGAUAGAUAAGGGAGAAUUGUCCUGCAAACCAGACUAUGAUGCUAUAAAACAUGAUAUGGAUUCUGCUGCUCGGCAAGUGGAACAGGAGUAUCAGAGUAAAUUAGGAGGUCAUAUCACUGAAUUAGUUUCAGAGCAGAAUAAAGAAGACCAAGAAAAGAUCCUCUGUACAUUACAUCAAGAGCCUGAUCUAUGUGCAACAUUGGAAUCUAAUCAUGCGAAAGAUACAGCUAAAUUGUCUGAACUUGAAGUUAAGGAAAAAGGACCUAAACCUGAUCUGGUGCACCAAGAAGCAGUAGAUAAAGAAGAAUCAUAUGAAUCAAGUGGAGAUAAUGGUCAAGUGCAAGAGGGAUUGUCUGGAGAAAUUUCAAAGCCACAUGAGGUCAAAAUACAAGAAGAAAGCCCAUCUUUAUUAGAGGAAGAACAUGCAGCACAUUUUCCAUUGGGACAAUCUACUACAGAAAAAGAUAUAUCAAAAGUUAUUCAAGAAGAAACAAUAGAAACUCAAAUGGAGAACAUAACAGAGCAUAAAGUAGAUCAGGUGGAUACUGUGGCAAUAACUGGCACUGAGAAUGUGGAGAAGUUGCCCUGUGAUUUAAAAUACGAGGAGGCAAAAGAAAAAGUGGAAGAAGAACAAAAGGAAGAGAUUAAGCAAGAGGAAGAACGAGAGGAAGAAGUAAAACAAACAAAAGAGGAAAUCAAGCAAAGGGAAGAACAUGAAAAAGAGAUUAAAAAUGUAGAACAACAUGAAGACAUUAAGCAUCUGAAACAACAUGAAGUGGAGAUUAAGAAAGAUGAACAUGAAGAAAAGGCUAAGCAAAAAGAAGAGGAGGAGAUCAAACAAGCAGAAGGACAAGAGGAGGAAAGAGAUCAAGAAGAGGAAAUCAGUAAGCAAACAAGUAAAGAAGAGAACUUGGAGAGACCCAGGGAAGAAGUCUGUGCAGCUAUCCCCGUGGAGAUACCUGAGCUCAAAGGAGUAAUAGAAUCUGUUGUUACAGUUGAGGAUGAUUUCAUUACAAUCGUGCAGACAACCAUUGAUGAAGGAGAAGCCAAUUCCCACAGCGUGCGCUUUGCUGAAACAGGCGGAGAAGGCUUCUGUACUGAAGAAGAGCUGGAGAUGGAGGCAGAGGUUAUUGCUCAUGUUGAAGCAGACUCAAAAGGAAAGUCUCCGGAACCUCCUGGCUCAGCUGAACAGGAAGAAAUCCCAGUCACUGAUUACAAGACCGAAAUAUAUGAUGAUUAUAAAGAUGAAACAACAAUCGAUGACUCCGUCCUGGAUACCGACAGCAUAUGGGUGGAUACACAAGAUGAUGAUAGGAGCAUCAUGACAGAACAGUUAGAGACUGUUCCUAAAGAGGAGAAAUCAGAGAGAGAAUUGCGGAGACCGUCUCUUGAUAAACAUAAAAAAGAAAAACCUUUAAAAACUGGGAGAGGCAGGAUUUCUACUCCUGAAAGAAAAAUAGCUAAAAAGGAACCUAGCACAGUCUCCAGAGAUGAAGUGAGAAGGAAAAAAGCUGUGUAUAAGAAAGCUGAACUUUCUAAAAAAGCUGAAGUUCAGGCUCACUCUCCCUCCAGGAAAAUCAUUUUAAAACCUGCUAUCAAACAUACUAGACCAACUCAUCACUCCUGUGUUAAGCGGAAGCAGACAGCUGCUGGUGGUGAAACAAACCAGACGCCUGGGGUAUUUAAGCAAGCAAAGGAAAAACUUUCGACUUCUUCUUUGUCAAAGAUUCCUGCCUCAAAAGUUAGAGCAAAAUCAUUGCUUCCUCCAAGACCCAACUCUGCUUGUUCACUAAUCACCACUAAAAAAGUUGUUUUGCGCAGUAAAGACAAUUAUAUUGCGUGGCCCUCUUCAGCGGGCCCAAGGGACUAUUCAAAAACAGCUCAGGAUGGAAUAAGCAAGAGUCCUGAAAAGCGCUCCUCUUUACCAAGACCUUCUUCCAUUUUACCUGCCCGAAGAGGUAUCUCAGCAGACAGAGAACGAGAUGAAAAUUCUUUCUCCCUGAACAGCACCAUCUCAUCUGUACGACGAACUACAAGAUCAGAGCCUAUUCGAAGCCGAACAGGAAAAAGUGGUACAUCAACUCCAACUACUCCAGGAUCAACUGCCAUCACUCCUGGAACCCCACCAAGUUAUUCUUCUCGUACCCCAGGAACACCUGGUACCCCUAGUUAUUCCAGAACCCCACAUACACCGGGUACGCCCACAUCUGCAAUUCUGGUACCCACUGAGAAAAAAAUUGCUAUCAUACGCACACCUCCGAAAUCUCCAGGAACCCCUAAGCAACUUCGUCUGAUCAAUCAACCUCUACCAGAUCUCAAGAAUGUCAGGUCCAAAGUUGGGUCAACAGACAACAUCAAGUAUCAGCCUAAAGGGGGGCAGGAAUAUGCUUAUGCUCCGUGGGCAGCUAGAGAAGCCUCUGAAAACCACACACUUCAGCUGAGGGCUGGAAGAGAAGAUCCCUGUUUCUGGACUGUAAAACUUGCUAAGAUUCCAGAGGUUAGGAUUUUAAGCAAGAAGAUUGAUUUUAGUGAUGUACAAUCCAGAUGUGGUUCAAGAGAUAACAUCAAACAUUCAGCAGGGGGAGGAAAAGUGCAGAUUGUAACCAAGAAGAUAGACUUGAGUCAUGUGACUUCUAAAUGUGGUUCCCUGAAGAAUAUCCGUCAUAGGCCAGGAGGGGGUCGAGUGAAAAUCGAAAGUGUGAAACUGGAUUUUAAAGAGAAGGCCCAAGCCAAAGUUGGCUCACUUGAAAAUGCUCACCAUGUGCCUGGAGGAGGUAAUAUCAAGAUUGACAGCCAGAAACUCAAUUUCCGAGAGCACGCAAGGGCCCGUGUGGACCAUGGCGCAGAAAUCAUCACCCAAUCUCCUGGCCGAUCAAGUGUGGCUUCCCCUCGGAGGCUUAGCAACGUCUCCUCCUCUGGCAGUAUCAAUCUGCUUGAAUCUCCUCAACUUGCCACCCUGGCUGAAGAUGUCACUGCAGCCCUCGCUAAACAGGGCUUAUGAAUUUGCUUUGUUAGCAGUGUUUGAAGUUACAAUUAUUUAGGCAUGAUUUCUUGCCAGGAAUGGGCUCUGAGCAGGUGUUAACAUUCAUUCUUUACUAUGUCUAAAAUUAAGUCACAUCCCAAGACUGUAGUAAUCAUAAAAUAAAAACUGGGGGAAAGAACCAUAUAGAUGCAGAAACUGGCCUGAUUUCCAAUUACAGCAGGAAGAUCUUGGCUUUUCUGUGGGUACAAUAGCAGUAUAUUACAUUGGACAAUUAUUGUCGCUCUGCUCUGUCUUGCAUGGAGUAUGUACUAUGAUAACAAUGCAUUUUGACCUUCCAUGUGCCUGAAGGCCAUCCUUUACUUUCUGAAGAGUCUUUGUUCAAUCCCUUGAGUUGCUCCUUUAACCGUUUUGUUGAUGGAUGGAAUUAAGAAGCAUCUCCACUUGUAAUUUAUCAACAGGUUAAUUUAAGCAGGAGAGUCUGAGGACCAUGCAGAAGGGCAAAUAUAGUGAUGUCAACACUUCAGAAAGGGUGGGGUUAUUUUAUAUACAUGGGUAGAAGAAAGAGGCAAUUAAGUUAUUAACGUUGUGGAAGUUGGAUGAUUAUGUCAGUGUAUAGCUGAUUACAAUAAAUUAUUUAACUAAUAAGUAAGUAGUGGGGGGGAAUUCAUAUGAGCUGUACUUGGGGAAGCAGCAUUUUUUUCUUUUUUAAAACAGUUACUGAAAUUAAGCUAUGGAGUUGUGUCAGAUUAGAAUAUUGGUUAAGCAUCUAGGUUUGUGUCUUCACUACUGGUUUCAUGUCCUCUCCCAUCUGUUUGAUACAGUAUUUUAUAUAUAUAUAUAUAUAU